AUGAAUUUUUUAGAAUGGGUAUCAUGUAAAAUAAAAGGAAAAAAUAAUGAAAAUAAAAUAUAUUUGAUUUCAAACUUUGAAAUUAAUAAAGAAGACCAUGAAUUAUAUGUGAAAAAUGCCCAAAAAAAAUUGGUUGAAGAAGAUUUAAAUAUUGAUAUUAUAUAUGGAAAGAAACAUAAAAAUGAAAUAAGAACAGCAAAAUAUAAAAUUUAUAGUUUUAUACCUCUGAUUGUUUUUUUUCAAUUUUUAAGAUUAGGAAAUUUAUAUUUCUUAUCGAUAUCAAUGUUACAAUUAAUACCUGAAAUAACUGAUUCCAAAGGAAUGCCCACUUAUUUAAUCCCAUUAGUUUUUAUUAUUGUUGUAGCUAUGAUAAAAGAAUUUUUUGAAGAUUGGCAAAGGCAUAAAUCUGACAAUGAAGAGAAUAGCAAAAAAACUAUGGUUUUUGAAAAUGGUGAACUAAAAGAAAAAAAAUGGGCAGAUAUAAAAGAUGGAGAUGUAGUAAAAAUAUUUUCGUAUGAAUAUUUUCCGGCUGAUUUAAUAGUAUUAAAUUGUUCUAAUAAAAAAGGUAUAGUAAAUAUUGAGACAAAAAAUGUUGAUGGGGAAUCUAAUGUAAAGCAGAAAUAUUGUUUACCAGAUAUAUCCCAAUACUUUAGUGACGAUAAGUGCGCAGGUUUUUGUAGGAUAGAAUUAAUAAGUGAAAAACCAAAUGAUAAUAUUUUUGAUUAUAGUGGAUUUAUUUUAUUACCACCCUUACAAUAUAAGAGAAAAGAUGGAGAAAUUAUACAUUUUUACGAUAAUAAAAUAAAUAAAGAUUUAGUAAAAAAUGAGAAAAAAAAGAAGAAAAAAAAAAUCAAAAAAGAAAAGAAAAAAAAAAAAGGUAUGUUGAUUAGAAGUAAAAGGGUAAAAGAUAUAAUAUGUAAUGAUAAUGAUGAAAUAACCUCUUUAAAUAAAGAUAUGUUAAGUGAAAAUACAUUUUCAAGUAAUUCUAGCUCUAACAAGAAAAUUAAUGAUUUCUUAGAUGAAAAUGAUUUUAUUUUAGAAGAUAUAAAUAAAGAAAAAGAAGUAGAAAAAAAAAAAAUAAAAAAAGAGGAAAAAAAAAUAGUUCAAAUAACAAUAGAUAAUUUAGUAUUAAGAGGAACAUCUCUGGUAAAUACCAAAUGGAUAUAUGGCUUGGUUACCAAUACUGGAAAUAGAACAAAAUUAAUGAAAAAUGCAUCAACCAAAUCAAGGCAAAAAUGGUCUAGACUCGAAUUUGUUUAUGGUAAUCAUGUUAUUGUAUUAAUUAUAUGCCAAAUUGUCAUUUCUCUUGUUGUAGCUAUUGCAGGUGUGCUGUGGAUGAGAAGAAAAGGAUACAAUUUAUGGUAUUUGCAUUUGGAUAAAAAGUCAGAUAGUUUGAAAACCUUUUUUAUUACUAUUGGUGCUAUGAUUUUAUUAUUUGGCUCAUUUAUUCCUGUUGAUCUAUUGUUAAUAUGGGAAGUAGUGAGAUUGCUUCAGGGGUACUUAAUUAAUUGGGAUAAAGAUAUGUAUAGUGAAAGAACUGGUAGACAUGCUUUAAGUAAAGCUGGCCAAUUAUUAGAAGAAAUGGGAAACGUUACUCAUAUUUACUCAGAUAAAACAGGAACUUUAACACAGAAUGUUAUGCAGUUGCAAAAUAUAGGACUAGGAAAUAAUGGAAUUUACGGAUUUUAUGAUUUCAGUAACAUAAAAGAUAAUAUAUUAAAAAAUAGAAGAUUAAAUGGUAGAGAAAAUGUAGACUUUUUUUUUGAAAAUGAACAUGAAGAUGAAGAGGAUAGCUCAGUCCCAAAUGAUAACUUUAACAGAAGAUCACUGAAUGAUAUGAAUACAUUACUGCAUCCUUUAAAUUGGUCAAAGACUUCUUUAAAUUCUAAAAAAUUAAAAAAAAAUUAUAUGCGUGUUAAUAGCUUGGGUUACGAAAAUAUGAUAGAUGCUUACACUGAAGAUGAUUUUGCUAGAGGAGAAAAUGAAUUUGUUUUUUUCAACCGAGUUUUAUUUGUAAAUAAGAUUUAUAGCAUUAGAAAUGAUGCAGAAGAACAAAUUUACUUUUUGUUACUUGUUUUAAGUUUAUGCCAUAGUGCUAUGAUAAGAAAUGUUGACAUUGAUGAAAUGGAUGAAAGCAAAGAUGAUGAUAAUAUUGACAAAAUAAAAGUUUAUGAUAAAGAGACAAAACUGAAUUAUACAUAUAUUACUCAAACACAACCACAGUAUGAUGCAAGUUCACCGGAUGAGUUGGCAUUAAUUAGCACAUCUCUAUAUUUAGGUUGUGAAUUUGUUAAUAGACCUAAUUUAACAACUAUUGAAAUUGAAUUAACGUCUUCUUUUUCACAAAGAUUUAUUUUAGGGGAAGAAACAUUUCAAAAUUUUUUACGUAAAAAACAUUACUAUGAGAGUAAUUUUGAUACUUAUUUCCCAGAGGCUUAUAUAUAUAAAGAAAAAAAAAGAGAAUCAAGAUUAAGUGAAAAUAAUCCAAGAGGUACUAUGAAUAGUAUAAAAGAAGAUGCCAAUUUUCAUGUGUCUAUACCUAUAAAAAAUAUAUUUACAUCUAACAAAACUAACUUUAAAGAAACCAGUAAAAGUGAAGAAAAAGUUAAUAAACAAGUAGUUCCUGUAUUAUCUUUUGAAAUAUUAGAUGUAUUUUCUUUUGAUAAUAUAAGAAAAAGAAUGUCAUUAAUUGUGAAAAGUGAAAAAAAUGAAAUUUAUAUGCUAGUAAAAGGAGCUGAUACAAGUGUUUUAAAAAUGGCAUCAAAAAAUCAAGAAAAUAUAGUUGAUCACGUAGAAUAUCAAUUAAAUGCCUUUGCAACAUCAGGAUUAAGAACUUUAGUAUUGGGCUAUAAGCAUUUAACGGAGGAAGAAUUUAGUGUAAUGUAUCAAAAUCAUAUACAAGCAAGAAAAAAAUCUGACAAUGAAAAAGAAGAAUAUUUACAAAAAUUUUAUGAUGAAGCAGAAAGUAAUCUGGUAAUUAUUGGAUGUACCGGUAUUGACGAUAAAUUACAAGAUGAUGUUCCUCAAGUAAUACAAGAUUUAAGGGAUGCAGGAAUGACCAUUUGUGUUUUAACAGGAGAUAAAUUAGAAACAGCUAUAAACAUUGGUCAUUCUAUAAAUAUAUUGAAUAAAAAAACAUAUAAUGCUGUAUUUACGGAAACAGACCCUGAUUUAUUACUUGAACAGAUUAAUAUACAUGAAAAAAAUACGAAUGCAGCAAACUUAUUGAAUGCAGAUCAUAGUACAAAAUGGUGGAAUAGUGUUAAUUGGGAAAAUUUAAAUUUAGAUUUAAGAUCAGAAACAAUUCUAAAUUUUAUGAAAACUAAUUUUCGUGGUUCCAUAGAAAAAAGUAUCAUUUCAUCCAAUUUUCUUAAUAUAAAAAAUAAUAAUUCCUUUCCAGGUUUGGCAAGGCAAGAAAAGGUAUUCAAUUCAUUUUUAGAAUCGAGUGAAUCUUUUGUUCUCAAUGAUGUAGAGAAAGCGAAAUUAAAAGAAAAGGCCCAUUAUUCUCAAUUUUCUAUAACUAUAACAGGAGAAGCAUUAGAUGUAAUAAUGAAAAAUAAAAUAUUAAAAAUAAAGUUCUAUACAUUGGCUAGAAGUGCUUCUACAUUAAUUGCUUGUAGAGUAACUCCAAAACAAAAAUCUUUAUUGGUAAAAGAAAAUUCAGCUUUUAAUCCCAGAGGAACAUCAUUAGCUAUAGGGGAUGGAGCAAAUGAUGUUGGUAUGAUUUUAAUGGCUAAUGUUGGAGUUGGAAUUGCAGGAAAGGAGGGAUUACAAGCCGCUAGAUCUUCUGAUUUUACAAUAAGUGAAUUUAAAUACUUAAAAAAAUUAUUAUUUGUACAUGGUAGAGAAUCCUUAAGAAGAAAUUCUUUUUUAGUUUACUUUUGCAUUUUUCGUAACGUUAGUUUUUGCUUAUGUUCUAUGGUUUUAAUCUUUUGGACAGGUUAUAGUGCUAUAGAUGCAUGGAACCCUUGGACUAAGCAAAUUAUUAAUAUUGCAUUUACAUCUUUGCCUGUUAUAUUUUUUGUAGCAUUAGAUAAACAGUUGCCUCAUCAUAUUCUUUUGAAUAAUCCAUUAUUAUAUGAAACAUCACCAUCUACAUUAUGGCCUUUCUAUUCUAAUAAAAAAAUUGAAUUUUAUACAAACAAAAUAAAAAAUUGCUGUAAAUUUUUUUGUAACAUUUGCUUUGUACCAUUUAAGUUUAUACCAUUUAUUCAAAAGUCAACUGAAACAAUUAAAUUUUGGAUAGGAAAAAGAUCUAAACCAGAAAAAUAUAGAUCAUAUGGUACACACUAUUUGCUUGUUUAUUUAUUAUUUGCAAUUUGGCUAGCUACUGUGGAAACAGUAAUAAUUCUUCACUUUUCCACAGGGCAAGCACAUUCUGCAUUAGAAGAAAGUCACAAUGUAGAUGUUGAUUUUAAUACAUUUUCUCAAAUUCUAUAUACACAUCAUGUAAUAGCAGUUAAUACCGUUGUUGUUCUUAUGACGAACACUUGGUUUUUUAUAUCUCAUUUAGUUUUAUGGGUAGAAUUAAUUGCUAUUUUUUUAUUUUGGUUUAUAUUAAGUAAGGCAAAGUUCUUUUUAGAUAUAGUUGGUGCAGACGAUUUACAUGGAACAUUUGAAAAAGCUCAUUCAUCAGGAAAUUAUUAUUUCUCGUUGAUAAUUUCUUUAUAUAUAUCAAUAUUACCUUUAAUUGUAUUGAUGACAUAUCAAUUUAUAAGAAAGCCGACAAUGGAGCAAAUUGUUCUUGAGCAAAUAAAAUUAGGGAAAUUUGAAGGAUUGAGAAAACAUGAAAUAAGAAAAUUAGCUUAUAUUAAUAGUGAACAUAGUUCUAAAGAUUUUGUUCAUAAGGGUUUUGCUUUUGCUGUUGAGGCUAAAGAAGCAUUCUGGGGAUUGGUACAAAAGGCUAUAUAUAAAAUUAAGAUGCCAUUAGUGAAAGAUGAAAGCACUAUAGUUAAACAAAAAAAGAAAACAUAA